ACGGACGCGAGCCAUGGAGCGGACCGCGGGCAAGGAGCUCGCCCUGUCUCCGUUGCAGGACUGGGGCGAGGAGACGGAGGACGGGGCGGUGUACAGCGUUUCUCUGCGGCGCCAGCGCAGUCAGCGGGGGAGCCCGGCGCAGGGGCUGGGGGGCGGCCAGACCCCCAGCUCCGCGGUCCCCGACACCUUCCUGCAUUACCGCACCAGCAAGGUGCGCGCGCUGCGGGCGGCGCAGCUGGAGCGACUGGUGCGCGAAUUGGUGUCUGGAGACCACGAGCAGGACCCCGGCUUCGUGCCCGCCUUCCUGGCAACCCACCGGGCCUUCGUGCCCACCUCCCGCCUGCUGGGCCUCCUCCUGCCGCCGCCGCCACCACCGAGGCCAAAUCUCAGGGAAGAAAGAAAGCCAGAGGCAGACGGCGACCCGACUUUCAAUAAGAACCUGAGGGCUGUGGUGUCAGUGCUGGGGUCCUGGCUCCGGGACCACCCUUCGGAUUUCUGGGACCCCCCUGCCUACUCGAACCUCGGCAGCAUCUGCACCUUUCUGGACUGGGCGGCCCCAGGGGGCCCCGAGGCCCAGGAGGCGGAGAAGCUGCGGCGAGAUUUCCUGGAAGCGGCCGAACCCAAGAAUGACCUGCAGCCUCUUCACCAGGCCUGGGGUGCAGGACCUCAGGGUGCUGCCCAGACCCCAACUUCAGACAACCAGGAAGGCUGCCUGGAGGAGGAGGAUGAACUGGUACGGGAAGGCCCUGAGCUCCUGGACUUCAGUGUGGACGAAGUGGCCGAGCAGUUGACCCUGCUGGACGUGGAGCUCUUCUCGCGCGUGCGGCCCUGGGAGUGCCUGGGCUCCGUGUGGUCGCAACGGGACCGGCCCGGCGCUGCGGGCACCGCCCCCACGGUGCGCGCCACAGUGACGCAGUUCAACACGGUAACGGGCUGCGUGCUGGGCUCGGUACUCGGAGAGCCGGGCCUGGCUGCCCCCCAGAGGGCUCAGCGGCUGGAGAAAUGGAUCCGCAUCGCACAGCGCUGCCGGGAGCUUCGCAAUUUCUCCUCGCUGAGGGCCAUCCUCUCGGCACUGCAGUCCAACCCCAUCUACCGGCUCAAACGCAGCUGGGGGGCCGUGAGCCGGGAACCUUUAUCCACCUUCAGGAAACUCUCGCAGAUUUUCUCAGAUGAGGACAACCACCUGAGCAGCCGGGAGAUUCUCUCCCAGGAGGAAGCUUCUGAGGGACCCCAAGAUGAAGACACCCCCUCAGGAAGCCCGACCUCAACACCGCCACCCGGCCCUGUGCCCUACCUUGGCACCUUUCUUACGGACCUGGUCAUGCUGGACACAGCCCUGCCGGACAUGCUGGAGGGGGACCUCAUCAACUUUGAGAAGCGGAGGAAGGAAUGGGAGGUGCUGGCCCGAAUCCAGCAGCUGCAGAGACGCUGUGACCGAUAUUGCCUGAGCCCGCGGCCGCCCGUGCUAGCCGCCCUGCGUGCCCAGCGCCAGCUCAGCGAGGAGCAGAGCUACCGAGUCUCCCGGGUCAUCGAGCCCCCCGCCGCCUCCUGCCCCAGCUCCCCACGCGUCCGGCGGCGGAUCAGCCUCACCAAGCGCCUCAGUGCGAAGUUGUCUCGAGAGCGAGGCUCCUCCCCCAGUGGGAGUCCUGGAGAGCCCUCCUCCCCGACCUCCAGUCUGCCUCCAGGUUCCCCCCCUUCCAGUCCGAGAAACAGGGACCCCCCUCCUGGAAGCCCCCCAGCCUCUCCUGGACCUCAGCAACUUACCACUAAGCUGCCUCCAUGCCCGGAUGCGGCUAGUGCCCGGUCACCAAGUGGCCCGCUUCUCUCACUCCUGGGGCAGCCAGGCUCCGAGGCGCGAAUCAUCCGUGUCAGCAUUGACAAUGACCACGGGAACCUGUACCGAAGCAUCUUGCUCACCAGCCAGGACAAGACCCCCAGCGUGGUGCAGCGGGCUCUGCAGAAGCACAGCGUGGCCCAGCCCAGGCCUCAAGACUAUCAGCUUUUCCAGGUCCUUCCUGGGGACAAGGAGCUCCUGAUUCCGGACAACGCCAACGUCUUCUAUGCCAUGAGUCCAGCCGCACCCGGUGACUUUCUGCUACGGCGGAGAGGGGGUGCCAGGUCCACUCCCCCCAUUCCCCCAACCUGA